AAAUGUCCGAGGAUAACUUGCAAAUGGUGGUCGUCCAGGCCCAGAACUGCGGAGUUCUUCAUGUCUACGUUCAGGGAAAUUUGGAGGAGCGUGGCGGAAAAACCAUCAUCCUGACCGUUCACGAUAUUGGAACUAACCACAAGAGUUUUGUGCGUUUCGUCAACCACCCAAGCAUGGCUACCGUCAAGGAGAAGGCCAUCUUUCUCCACGUCUGCGUUCCGGGACAGGAGGACAAUUCGGCCGACUUUUUCGGCGACUUCCCAACUCUUGACGGAAUCGGAGAUGAUCUGAGUGCAGUGCUCGACAAAUUCGAAGUCAAGUCAGCAAUCGCUUUUGGAGAAGGAGUCGGAGCCAAUAUCAUCUGCCGAUUUGCAAUGGGACACCCGAACAGAAUCAUGGGAAUCGUCUUGGUGCACUGCACAUCUACGACUGCUGGAAUUAUUGAGUACUGCAAGGAAAAGGUCAUGAACAUGCGUUUGGAGAACUCCAUCAUGUCGGACGGUGCCUGGGACUACUUGCUAGCCCACAAAUUUGGAGGAGAAUCCAAAUCUCGCCAGGAAUACUUGGAAGAGCUCAAGGCCACCUUGAACCCAAAGAACUUGUCCAAGUACCUCGUCGCUUUCACCAAACGUACUGAUCUCUCCUCAACUAUUGGAACAAAGCUCGAGACAGUGGACGCACUUUUGGUGACUGGAAGCAAGGCUUCUCAUCUCCACACGGUUUACACGACUCACAAGUCGAUGAACAAGAAGAAAACGACUCUGUUGGUGGUGGACAACGUGGCCGAUGUUAUGCAAGAGGCUCCAGACAAGCUCGCCCGCUCGCUGAUCCUUCUCUGCAAAGGAUGCGGAGUGCUCUCGGGAGUCGCCAUCCCAGGAAUGGAGCGCCAAAGAACUCUGUCCAGCUCGAUGGAAGAGGCCGACCGCCCGCGUCGCAUGUCCGUCACCCAACCACAUCUUCCACCAGUCCCAUCUGCUUAAGAAUCUGUACGUUUUCCUAUGUCUCUAUUUUGUACUUUUCUUUGAUUUUCUUUUUUUUUUCGAUUUUCCCAACUCUCUACGCCCCAAGUCCCAUUCCCACCCCAUCUGAAAAAACCAAAAAUAUAUAUUUAUCCCAACAACAAAAAUGGUUGUAAUUCUUUUUUUUCAGUUCCAAUAUCCCCACAUUUUGUCUGCCGCAAUUUGGACCUCUUUUUAUAUUUUGUGUGUUGUAUGGUUACCCCCCCCCCCUAAAAACAAUGUCCUUGAAAAAAGCUUGAAAUUCCUUCAAAUAUUCAAUCUAUCUUCUAUCUUAUACUAUCGGCAUUCUCAAUUUCAACGCAACCUUUUCAGUUGAGUUUCUCUAUACAUUUUACACACACACACAUUCUAUCUUUCCAUUUUAUAUUUUAUUCAAAACGAACUUUUUCCGGAUAAAAUAAAUAUAGAAUAUUGGGCG